AAGAAUUUCUGCGAAAAUUAAUGAGAGGGUCUAGCAAGCAGUAGUAAGCAACUAAGCACACGACACAGUCGCAGAAAGGCACAUAAGCUGAUGAAGUUAAGGGAGUGAAGAAGGUUAACCCUCUAAUGAACUAACCUUAUAAACACUGUUCUGGGUUGGGUGGGUCACCUCAAACUAACUUAUAACUCUCUUCCUCUGUCUUGGAUCAACAACUAACAUUGCUUCGCAGCGCAGCACUCACUGCCAAUUCGGAUUCACUUCAGAUAUUACUCAUAAUUGAGAGAGACAGAAUACGAACAAAGAGAAACCCUAGAAUUGUUGUGUUAAUUUGAUUAACGAUGUGAUGAUAUUGUUGUAUAUUUGGGUAUGGGAAAAACCCUAGGGUAGGAGGAGAGGGAGAGGGAGAUGCUUGUCUCUUCUGCAGGCGGAGGAGGAGGAGGAGGAGGAGGAAUCUCAUGGGAUCUCAAAUGGCUUCUGCAGUGGGUUCUCUCAGCGGUUGUCGUCGCCGUUGGAUUGCACGCUCUCGUCAAGAACACCGCUUCACGAUACUUUGAGGUUCACGCCAAUUUCGAUUCUGAUCGGACUCAUCCCAUGCCUUCUUCUCCCUCCGCCGCCGCCGCCAUUGCAAUGGACCAACCUCUUUGCGCCGUCUGCUCCAAACACGCCUCCAGCAGGUGUUCCCGCUGCAAAUCCGUCAGAUACUGCUCCCAAGCGUGUCAACAGAUGCACUGGAAAUCCGAUCAUAAGUUGAAAUGCAAGGAAGUUCAUAGUACCAUGAAUUUGGCUCAAUCUGGGCCAGCUAGUCCAGGGUUUAAAGCUUCUGCUGCUGUUAAUAAAAGCACAUCUUCAAUUGCCCUAAUACCUGCUUGUGGACGUGAAAUUUCCAAGCCGAUCAAGCAGCCUAAAAAUCCUCUUUUUCCUUAUGAUGAAUUUGUUAAAUUCUUUAACUGGGAUAAGCCUGGAUUUCCUCCUUGUGGGCUCUUGAAUUGUGGAAAUAGCUGCUUUGCAAAUGUGGUUCUCCAAUGUCUCUCAUUCACAAGGCCGCUUAUCGCCUACCUGUUGAAAAACGGCCACCGCAGAGAAUGCAGUCGUAAUGAUUGGUGCUUUCUGUGUGAAUUUGAAAUCCAUGUUGAGAAAGCAAGGCAAAGUUCACAGGCAUUUUCUCCAAUGAACAUUCUCUCUCGUUUGCCUAAUAUUGGUGGCACACUGGGUUAUGGAAGACAAGAGGAUGCUCAUGAAUUCAUGAGGUUUGCAAUCGACACUAUGCAGUCUGUAUGCCUUGAUGAAUAUGGUGGAGAAAAAGCUGUCCCUCCUAACCUUCAAGAGACAACACUUAUUCAACACAUUUUUGGUGGCCACCUUCAAUCUGAGGUGUUUUGCACAAAAUGUGAGAAGCAGUCAAAUCAAUACGAAAACAUGAUGGACUUGACUGUUGAAAUUAAUGGAGAUGCUGCUUCCUUGGAGGAAUGUCUAGAUCAGUUCACUGCCAAGGAGUGGCUUCAUGGUGAAAAUAUGUAUAAAUGUGAUGGGUGCAAAGAUUAUGUCAAGGCUUGGAAACGUCUCACUGUGAAACGAGCUCCAAAUAUUCUUACUAUUGCCUUGAAAAGAUUUCAGAGUGGGAGGUUUGGCAAACUUAACAAGAGAGUAACGUUCCCUGAGACUCUAAAUCUUAGCCCUUUCAUGAGUGAAGUUGAAGAUGGAUCUGAUAUUUAUAAGCUGUAUGCUGUUGUAGUCCACAUCGACAUGCUGAAUGCUUCCUUUUUUGGUCAUUACAUUUGCUACAUUAAGGAUUUCCAUGGAGACUGGUAUAGAAUUGAUGAUUGGAAGGUAAUGCAAGUGGAAUUGGUGGAGGUACUUUCUCAAGGUGCAUACAUGUUGUUAUACAGCAGGGUAACUGCUCGGCCAUCAGGCCUUCAAACUACAGAAUCUUCGGACACACACAUGCAGACAGUUGAAGUGGAAGUGGAGCCCAGCCCAACUGAACAGGCCGAAUGUCUCUCAAAUAUGGAGACUGUAACUUGCAAUGGCACAUGUGAUGCUUUUCCAGCUGAACAUAGUAGUAAUUCAGAACUGAAGGUUUCUGCCUGUGAACAGUCUAAGGACAUCCGCUUGAUUGAUGUUGCAAAUGGGACUCCAAGUUGGGCAACCGAAUCGUCUCAUGUACCUUCUAAAUCUGGCAAAGAUUUGGAGGAUAUAGAUAUGAGGAGAUCAAAUCUCUGCUCAUCUGUUGUGGAAGAUAUUUUAUGCUGCACGGAAGAGCAAGACGAUACUGAUAUGGCUAAGGUCAGUGUUUCUCCACGCUUGGCAAAUGGAUUUUCUUCCCUGAAUGAUUCUUCUGUUUCAAUGGAUUAUCAAAACUCGGGGGAAGAUCAAGAGCAUGUAGAACUUGUCAAAUGCAAGCCACUGACAGCACAAGGCCAUGCAAAUCAUGGCAACGGGUAUGCUAGUGCAAACAAAUAUGCUAUUCCAGUUGAAGAUGAUGGCUCUGUGUUUUCUGGCGUUGGUUCUUUCUCCACUGAAACAUCCGCAUCAGAAAUGCAUCAAUUGAAGCGGAGAUUGCCAUUUCACGGUUCUGAAACUGGCCACGCAAAUGGAGUCAAGAAAGUGGAGGUAUCUGGGGACAAGUUAACAACGUAGGUGCUGCUAUUUUUGUUGUCUGUUCAUAUCAUUUGAUUAUCCCAUCAUCGGAGAAAGGAGGUGCUGGGUUGGGAAAUUUUUGUCCGAGGUUUCAUUAUUUGCAGGAACCUUGGAUCUUAUUGUAACACUUUCAUAAUGAAUUCUCUAAUUUAAUUAUAGUGAUAGAAUAUAACACGUAACUCUUGCUUUCCCUCAACUGUGUAGUGUGUACUAUGUAGAUGAUACAUAAAAUACCUGAAAGAGCUGCGGAAUACCUUAGUAUAUAUUUUCCAAGGUAA